AGAGCGGAGCUCAGAUGGAAUAUGGCUCUCUCCAGAGGUUUGAGAUGCUGUCAGAGGGUUUUCUCGUGGAUACCUGUUCUUAUUAUCACCGCCGUUGUCUUGUGGUCGUAUUACGCCUAUGUCUUUGAACUAUGUCUUUUUACAAUCACCAAUACACUGGAAAAAGUGGCCUAUUUGCUUUUAUUUCAUGUUUGCUUUGUGAUGUUCUCCUGGACCUACUGGAAGUCAAUAUUCACCCCUCCUGCGUCUCCAUGCAAAAAGUUUCAGCUGUCAUACUCAGACAAGCAAAGGUACGAAAUGGAGGACAGACCAGAUGCUCAGAAGCAAAUCCUGGUUGAGAUUGCAAAGAAGCUGCCUAUUUUCACUCGAGCCCAAUCUGGAGCUAUCAGGUUCUGCGACCGCUGCCAGGUGCUGAAGCCUGACCGCUGUCACCACUGCUCCGUCUGUGAAAUGUGUGUCUUAAAGAUGGACCAUCACUGUCCCUGGGUGAACAACUGUGUUGGUUUUUCCAACUACAAGUUUUUUCUCCUUUUCCUUGCCUACUCUAUGGUGUACUGUAUAUUCAUUGCGGCAACAGUCUUUCAGUAUUUCCUCAAAUUCUGGGAAGGGGUCUUGCCAAACGGGCCUGCAAAGUUCCACGUCCUCUUCCUCAUGUUUGUGGCUCUCAUGUUCUUUGUCAGUCUCAUGUUCCUCUUUGGCUACCACUGUUGGCUUGUGGCCAAGAACAGAUCUACAUUAGAGGCCUUCUCAGCUCCGGUUUUUGCCAACGGACCAGACAAAAACGGCUUUAACGUCAGCAUGCGCAGAAAUCUGGAGCAGGUAUUUGGAGAGAAUCGGAGAUUGUGGUUCAUCCCCGUCUUUACGAGCCAAGGGAAUGGCCACUACUUUGCUUUGAAGAACCGGAGCUCUGAAUCCCAGAACCCCUUAUUAGCUAACGAGGACAUGUGGGAAGAGUCAGAUGAUGGGUCUGAGGAGGGAAGCUUGGCAGAGGAUGUGGACCCCUCUGUUACCAUAGAGAUGGAGGAAUAAUUUACACUGGUGGAGACCUGGACUUGUAUCGCACACACUGUGUAUUGAGAGGUAAAUGCAUUCCAAAUCGCAAGGACGUUCAGACACACCGAAGGGGCCCAAACAAGAGGAUUAAGACCUGCGUUUGGACUGUCGUUGCCAACUCUACCCCGAUGCUUCACAUACUGAUGAAAAAAGGAACUCAUUGGAUGACCAGUGGAAGCAUCGCCUCUCAUGUCAUCAUAGUCGUCAUAAAAUUUUAUUUUUAAGGGCAAGUCAAAUGUUUCCUGUUUUAGAGAAAAGCAACUGAUUUAUUUUUCUUUUUUAAAUUACAGAGCAAAUAUUUUGCCUGUAUUUGUUAUUCUUGACAGAGCACUAAACCUUUACAGCUUCUGUCUGGCAGUGUGCAAUUUUACAGGUUUCUGUUUGAGAGUUAAGCUUACAGUGUUGCACCUUAUGGUUUUUUCGGUGGGGGAUGGGAAGGGAACUCGCACUCGUCAGGCUCCAGAAGUCUCAUAGUGACCGAGUUGUCUACAAGUUUGAGGUUUACAGCAUUUAAACAUAAGAUUUGACUUAAACAUAUUAUUAAAAAGCUAACUUAACCUGAGCCUUACUAACAAGUAUUCCUGUUUUUGGAGUCAGUAUCUCCUCGGAAUGUAUCCUCCUGCUCCUCAUCAUCCUUUUGAGUACAUUGCACCAACAUCUUGGGCACUUCUUCCCCCUUUAUGGAGUGUUUUAUCCUCCCUGUUGCAGUUCGAAUGUCAUUAGCUCAGUGUCUAAUCACAAUGGUGACUGUAACAACAAGACAAGCAUAAAUUUGGUCAUAGUUAGACCUGAUUACAUGUUACAUCUGAGUAUUAUGGCAAACUUGAUAUGUCUAUCUAUCAGUGGAGUCAUAUUCUGAAUAUACUGUAUAUCAUGGCUUAAAAGCUGUUUGCUACAUUGAUUAAGAAGGAUGCAGUGAUUGGUUAGAUUUAUGUCUGGGUUACGAGCAUAUGAGAUUUACUGAGACUUUUUAUUUAUUUAUUUUUUUUUAAAUCUAAUCAGUCUUUUUUUUUAUCAUUAGCUAUCCCUGGGAAGAUAACACUUUGGAAGCAGGGGAUUAAAAAUUGCUUUUGUUAUAGACAUAUAAACAUGCAUAUGAGAGGGCAUAGGUUCUUCUAUGUCUGUUUUUGAUCAUUUUAGAUAAAUACACUGUACAUAUUAACUGAUCCUCAUCAACAGGUUGGUAGAGGGCAGUGAUUUUCUGCAAUAUAACGUUUUGAUUAUUAUUAUUAUUAUUAUUUUUAUUAUUUUAUUAUUUUUACCUGUGUUUAUGUAUUUUAAUACCAAUGAAAGCUAGUCUUAUUCUGACUGCUUUUGUGUAUUUAGACAGCGCAGCUGGCAGAAAACCACUUCUUUAACCAAGUAAACCCAUUUAUUCAGUCAUGCAUAAGAAGUUGGGUUUUCACCAGAUGUGUGUACAGUUGUAUGUUGAAGCUUAAACUUUUUGUCAGAUCAGUUUUUUUCCCAAGUUGAGUGACCUAAACUAAAUGCUGCUCAUAUCUAAGAAAUGCUUCUGUUCAUUCUACUGAAACUGUAGGUUAUUUAUCAGGGAUAUGUGAAAGCUUGUAUAAAAACAUUGAGAAGGA